AUGAGAGGCCGUUGGAAGGGAGGCAAAAGUGGACAUGGCGGCUCCUCCAGCGGAGGAAGCAAUGCAAAAGUCUCGGAAAUUUGCCGACAUUUUGUUCAACAAGGUAAUUGUAAAUUUGGUCAGAAUUGCAACUACUCACAUAUUUUAAGACAAGUUGCGCAGAUUCAAAAGGCUCACUUUGGUGGGAUAAGAUGCGCAAUUUCUUCUCCAUUACCCACAGGAGAGCUUGAAUUAUUCACUGGAGGUUGUGAUGGUCAGUUGAAAAGGUGGAUAAUUAGACCUGCUGAUAAGGAUAUUAUGAAUAAUGAGCCGGAAAGAGGAGGGAAUAAUCGUCGAAGAAAUUACCAAAACAAGUUUCAAAAUGAUAUUAGUGGGGCAACUCAGCUUUCAGUUAAGAUGGAUUCAGCAAUUAAUUGUAGUGCGGAAGUUUGUAGUUGCUUGAUUUAUGGGGAUGUCCUAUUUUGUGGACUAAUUAAUGGUACUAUUAGGGCAUUUCACAAGCCUACGGGGAAUUUCACGGAUUUAAUUGGGCACAACCAAGAAAUACAUCAACUUUUAAUAAUUGACAAUAUAUUGGUUUCUGCUUGCUGGGGUGGGAAGAUAGUUUUUUGGAAGUUUGACCAGGCUUCUGGAACCUUUGUUAUUUCUGCGCAAAUUCAGGCUAAAGAACAUAUAAAAUGCCUUAAAUAUUUUCCAUAUAAAAGUAAUUCGGCUGGUGUAAUGAACCAGCAACCCCAGUGCCAAAUUCAGGAUGCAUGCCCUCAUCUUUGGGUUUGUGGAGGUGGUAUUGUUCAAAUUGUAGACCUCAUCACUCUUCAGGUAGUUAGAGAGAUUAUAUUUGAUGGAGGGCCUAUAAUGUCAGUACUGGAAUACGAAAAUCAUCUUGUUCUAUGCAGUUUACAAGGUGUGAUUCGCGUUAUUUCACCAACAGGUGAGGAAACUUUUAGAAAAUCCUUAGGUUCUCCCACACUUUGCAUGGAUGGGACAAUUACUGCAGACGCUAAGCAUAUACUAAUGAUGGGCCAGAAUAAUGGACAUCUUAGGUGUAUCACCCUUCCUCUAUUUGACAGUGUACUUGAAUUUCAUACUCCUGAUACCAGAUCAGAAAUCAGAUUAGUUUCGAAUCUUGGAGGAUCUCCUGGAAUCAUUCUCACUGCUCAAUGGGAUGGUGCUUUGAAUUUUUAUCAAUGGUGUCUUCCAAAGAGUUCCUAA